AUGACUGAAAAUAAACGAGUAUUUUUGGAUAUCACUGUGAAUGGACUGAGUCUUGGCAGAAUUGUAAUAGAAUUGUUUUGUGAAAUCGGUAAGUGUCCUAAAUUUUCCCACCAUUUUUUCAAAGAAGUAUUUUAAGCUCCCAAAACAACGGAAAACUUCAGACAACUUUGUGUCGGAAAUGCGGGAUUAGCAAAAGAUGGUCGCACCAAGUUGUCGUACAAAAAUGUGUCGAUUCAUCGAAUUGUCAGAGGUUUUAUGAUUCAGGUAAAUUUUCAGUCAAAUCUUUUGAAAAAAACCUGAUUUUUAGGGUGGAGAUAUUUCUGGAAGAGAGGGAUGUGGUGGAUUUUCGAUUUAUGGCGAAUGUUUUGAUGAUGAACACUUUGUCGAAAAACAUUCAAAAUAUGUGGUUUCGAUGGCGAAUAAGGGUCCAAACACAAAUUCCUCACAAUUUUUCAUCACAACUUCAGAAGCAAGCCAUUGUGAUGGAAAACAUGUUGUUUUCGGAAAAGUUGUGAAAGGUUUUGAUGUUGUUGAUGCACUUGAAAAGAUUCGAGUUGAUCAAGAAGAUAAACCAAUGAUGGACGUUAUGAUUAGCAAUUGUGGAGAGCUUUUUAGAAAGAAGAAUAAUACGAAAAAUGAAAAAAAUGAAGAUGAUAGAGUAGAAAAUAAUAAUAAUCACAAACAGCAAAAAGAACAAGAAGAAGAAGAGGAAGAAGAUGAGAAAGAAGAGGACAAGGAAUAUAUCCCAGAAACACCAAAAAGUUGGUUGUAUCGAGAAGAUAAUAAUGAAUCGAGAUCUUCGAAAAGAGAAAGAGGAAGAGAAAAAGGAGACAGAAGAGAAAGAAGUCGAAGUCGAAGUCGAAGCAGAAAUAGAGAUCGAGUAAACUUUUAAUGGAACUUAGCGGAAUGCCAAUUUUAACUCGAUAUUUUUCCAGGACUACCAGGAACCACGUCACGAUUCUUCUGGUGUCCGAAUCAAAGGUCGCGGUCAUGUCAUGUUCAGAAGAGAUCGCAGUUCAACUCCAGAACAUUGGAGAGUCAACGCGCCAACGGUAAACAUCGUAGAUCUUUACUUUUUUCUUUUCAAUUUUGAUUUUUCAGAGAAAGUUCAAUCAACACAAUUAA